UCAUCAAGAGACAUAGACCACAGCUGACACAAGUGUAUAUUAUAUAAAUUUUCACACAGUGUUAUGUGUAGCUGAAAAGAAAGAAAAAAGAAAAUACUUGACACCCGUGGCAUUUUCCAGUAGCAUACUUCUACAGGCAAGAAAGCAGUAUAGCAUACAGCUCAUGGAAUGAUUUGAUUAGUCCAUAACCUACUCAUCAAUGGUUUCACAGCACUCCGCACACAAGGAAGGAGUGGUAUUGUUUUCAGAGUGCUUUAAUAUCAAUCUAAUGUGCAGAUCAAUUGCACACAUUGCCCUGAAUCCCGGCACAUGGCACAAACUGCGUAGCAAGCAAGCAAGCAAGCAAGCAGACAACUUGUCAGAGAUGAAGCAGUUCCGAUUACACUGAAAAGGAUACAGGAAGACGCAACAACAGGAUAUCCAAUCUAAAUAACAUGGGAGUCUGCAAUAAGGACAGUGUAUAACUCAUAUACUUCUAAAAUAUUAAUACCCUCAACAGAUGAGAAGAGACUGAAAAAAGAGAAUUUACAGAGGAAAAACCACUCCAAGUGACAGAAACUAAGGCAAGGUAUUUUUCUGUUUUUCCUGAUUAUGUAAAACUAUAAGAGCAUCACGCUAUGUAAUCUGAACACUUAGGAAAGAUGGAUGAAGGAAACAAAAGAGGGGAUGAAAAGGCCAUCUUACUGACAUUUAAGGACUUGCUCACCUAUACUUGCAAGAAUAACCACAACCAGUCGUGAAAUGGGGAGCGUUCUUAAAAUCACCUACAUAGCUUAAAAAAGAUUUCCCUUGUCAGAUUAUAUAAUUGAGGUAACUGAGGAGUGGCGUGACAGUCUUCAGAGACAGGUAAACAGGGAAAGGCUAUUAUAGCAAAGAGUGCCUGAUUCAGUUUGGAAAAAAUUGUUUUUUCCUUCUAAAUCAAACAGUAAAGCAGUAAAAGAGACAGUAAAAAGAGCAUAUCAUGUGUUCAGUAUAUAAAAAAAAAGAAUCUUAAAAUCUGCAGUUCUUGGUGACAUAAGAAACUGUGGUUUGCUCAUUUUGGAUUAUAAGUUUUUAGAAUAGCAUUAUAAUAACAAAGAACAGCACAGAGAGAGAAAGCCCUUGGGAAAUUACAGAAACUGAGAAGAACAACUAUCCUGAAUGACAAAUGCAUGAGGGGAGAGUUUUUCACAUCACAAACAAGGUGUGUCAAUUUCAACUUAACAGCCUUUGAACAGAAAUACUUAUGCAGUUUAAUAAGUGAGGGUUCUAAAGAACAGUACUACAGAGAAACUGGCUGACUAAUUUAUUUUGGAUUAUGGAAAGAGUUCUUAGUGCCAAACAUUAAACAAGCAGCUUGAGAAGAAAAAUCCCUUGUCAGAUUAAAGAAAUUGAGGUGAGGUGACAUAAAAACAAGGCAAUCAAUUUUGUAAGUUUGCAUGCAUUUUGAUUUGCCACUUGAGGCUACAGACUAAGCAUGAUCAACAGUUUAUAAAUCGACUGUCAGUUAGACUAGAGGACACUUUCUGAUCUAUCGUGAUAACUCCGCAAGCAUGAUUUACUUUAAUCAAUCCACUAUCUCACCAAGAGACAAUAACAGCCUUGGUGGGGGUUAUAAAGGACAAAAUGCAAGCAGUGAAGAACAAUACUUGGAAACACUGUUCACAAACUUUGUCACAGCAGGCACUGUUCUGGCUAGCAUUGGAAUUGUGGAAAAUUUCAUAUCGCUUUUAGCAUUAUUAAACAUGCCCCCUCCAAGGAGAGCAUUUGGAAUGUUGCUCAUCAACCUAGCCGUGUGUGAUCUUACAACCAUGAUUUUAGCCGCCAUUCCAGGAUUACGUUAUCAAUUUGACAAAGACGUAUUAACCUACCCAUGUCGAACUGUGGAAAUAAUGGAAAUAUCCUACGUAUUUCUGCUCAAUCCAGUUUUUGCAACACUAGGUUUAGUGAUAUGCCAGUAUCUCUCAGUCACUAAACCAGUAUAUUUUGCGAGCAGGGCUGCUAAACGUCACACAAAUAUUUUCAUUUGCCUUGCAUGGAUGGUCACUCCUAUCAUUGGAUUUCUUGUCCAUCUGAUAAGUGACCCUUUGAUUUUCAUUGGACAGCACUCGCUGUGUUCAAUGUAUAACAACUCUCAGCAAGGGCAUACAAGAUACUAUUUAGUCAAAUCAGUCACAUUUUCAACCAUCUACGUAACAGUAGCCAUUCUAGUUGGUUGGUUAUAUUACAACCUGUACUGGGCAGCCAAGCCAUCUCUGGAAUUAACCCUUGCUCACCAACCACACCAUGAGAGGCAGCCAGAAAGAUGUGUUCUGACCCAACACCAGCAACUUAAAAAGACCAUCUCUUUCCUGGUGGGGACAAUGUUGUUUUUUUGGUUGCCAGGGACUGCAGAUCUCUACAUGGUGUUAUACAUGCAGGACACUAAUGAAGGGGAACCGUUGUGUAAAGCUUGUUAUCAAUUUCAUCAAGCAGCAAACCUUCUCUUUUUAGCCAAUGCAUUGAUAGAUCCUUGGAUAUAUGGGAUUAGGCUACGGGAUGUCCGGAUGGGAUAUCAAAAACUUUUUUCCUGUUUCAGAAGAAGGAAAUUGCGCACUCCGAAUAUGUUAUUUGUCAAUAAUCAUGAAGGGGAAAUCCAUUAGGUAUCUGUACUAUGUUCCUUGACUGGGGUUUCAAAUUGAUUGUUGUAAUAAAUAAUCAGUAUUUUCACAUCCUACAAGUAUUUAGUUGGAUGCUUACAAGUAGUCUAUAUAUAUUGUUUUACUGAAUUGAAUAUUGGUAUAUUAUGCUUACUGAUGAUUAUAGAUUUUUUUUCAAAUAUAAACAUACGUGUUUCUGCUUGAUGUCACAUGAACUAAGUGAGUUCAAUUACUAUGAAUUUCAUGUUAAAGCUAGAUCUUGACAACCCUUUAAACUAUGGCAGUUCACCUGAUUUUUAUCAUUUUCUUUUGUUGUAAAAAAAUUAAGUGUUUUAUUGUCAUUCUAAGUUUAUAUUUUCAAGUUGAAUUAUGGUCCAAUAAAAGUCAUUGGUUUUGUCACAA